AUGGAGGGCAAUAUGAAGAAGAAGUUCCUGGCCUAUCCGGAGCCUAGGAAAGGGCCGGAUGUCACAUACCGCAAUGAGAGGAAACAGAAUCCCACGAUGAGCGGCCUCGUGCUGGUCCUCGCUGCUUUUGUCUUCGAAUGCGUGGGCAUGAUACGACACCUCAUCUGGAAAAACGCUGGAUUCUCAAGCCUACGGAAGAUCCGGAAGCAGCUGGAAGACUAUGAGCCACGAGUCGACCCAACCGUCGUACCUACAUCCGAACUCGAAGACGACGAAGAACAACUGGAAGAAGAUGGCCAGAAGGUCUUCACCGCUGAACCGCUGCUGGCUUCCACCGCCGUCCCUCCACGAGCCAAAUACUACUCGGUCCAGGACUACCACGACAUGUACGUCUCGGGGGAAUUGACACCGACAGCAGUAGCAAAGGCCAUCUUACCACUUAUACGUCGAGAUACCAAACCGCCAGGAGAGCAUUCUGCAGCCUGGUUCGAGACGCGGGUUGACUUGGUUCUUGCCGCGGCUGAGGCCUCGACGCUACGAUAUAAGCAGGGACGUCCCCUGGGGCUGAUGGAUGGUAUACCCACUGCCGUCAAGGACGAGUAUGAUAUCGACGGGUACAAGACUUGUCUGGGCUCGUUGAACGAUUAUACCAGUGAUCCCGCCUCGUCGGGUGGCUCCAUUGCCAGCUGGUGUGUGAGAAAGCUAGAGGAAGCUGGAGCUGUUGUCCUGGGGAAACUCUCCAUGCAUGAAUUCGGUCUGGAUACCUCUGGCAGUAAUCCAAACUACGGUACUCCGCUAAACCCAUAUAACCCCAAGUACUACACUGGUGGUAGUUCAUCUGGCACCGCAUACGCAGUCAGUGCCGGACUGCUGCCAUUCGCUUUAGGAAGUGAUGGCGGCGGCAGCAUUCGCAUCCCAUCCUCUUUCUGCUCCGUCUACGGCCUCAAACCAACCCACAGCAGAAUCUCACACCACCCAGGCCCUAACCAUUCCAACACCUGUGCCGUCAACGGGCCUCUAGCCGCAGACUUACAGUCGCUCUCUGCACUCUAUCGUAUCAUAGGCUGUCCUCCACCGUCCUCACCGUUCCGGCCAGUCUCUCCAAGACUCACGCCCUGCGACCCCGCGGGUACAAAGUACCUCGGAGUUCCUGAGGCAUGGUUCUCCCAAGCAACACCCGCAAUCCAAAGCCUCUGUCGCUCUGCCAUCUCCGCCCUCGCAGAUAAACACAACUAUACAGUUGUGCCCAUCCAGAUUCCCUACCUAGUUGAAGGCCAGAUCGCACACGCAGUCACCAUCCUCACUGACGCCGCAACCUUACUCCCCGAUACUUCAAAACUCACCGCCCCAAACAAGAUCCUUCUUGGUCUCGGCCGUGAAACACCUGCUACAGAUUACUUACUUGCACAGAAACUACGCCGCCUUCUGAUGCAGCACCUCUCCUGGCUAUGGAAGGAAUACCCAGGCAUGAUCAUCGUCACGCCCACGACCAGCUGCGCAGGAUGGCCGAUCCGUGACAAGAAUGAGCUGAAGUACGGUAUCAGCGAUGGAGACCAGACGCUGAAAACCAUGAAUUUCAUCUGGCUAGCUAACUUUACUGGUCUGCCUGCCAUCAACGUGCCUGCAGGUUUUGUCGUUCCAGAAGGCGCUAAGAAUGAAGGCGAGAUUGCUGAGGAGAAUACCAGGGGGAAGAUACCCAUUGGUUUGAUGGGGACAGGAGAAUGGGGUAGUGAAGAUUGCCUUAUGCGUUGGGGUCUCGAUGUUGAGAAUGUCGUGGGUGAUCGCAGAUCGAAACCGCCUAUCUGGGUGGACGUAGUUGCUAAAGCGAAGGAGGUUAUGCAAUCCGACGCAUAG